CUCCGCCCCCUAUAAUCAGUGCAGGCUGUAUAAAGAGGAUAUGCUGCACCUGCAUAAAGGGUUGAAAAGGUAAGCAGGUAACGGGGUUUUGUUGGACAGAACUUUUCAGCAGCAGUUUGGUGAAAGGUCUUCGGCAGCUUUUACGAUGAAAACCCCGCACAAUGGAGCAGCUCUGAAGAAGCAGAAGCGUGCGAGCAGAAAAGCCCGGAGACCCACCAAGGCGUACUGCAACUAUAUUUACAAGCUCAAUAAGGCGAGUCCGGCUGUUAAAGACACUGUUGCGGUACCCGGAUGGCUGCGCGCAGAGCUGUGCACGCGCGUCGGUACGGAAGCCGCGCGCCUUGCCAAGUUCAACAGGCGCGGCACGAUCACGCAGCGCGAGGUGUGCUCUGCUGUGCGCGCGCUGAGGAAGGGCACGCGGAAGACAACGGCGAACGCGCACUGACUCUUAAUAGAACUUUUUCUUUUUAACCUGUGACGUCCCUUUUUGUGGUUUAAAUAAAGGUGUUUUAUGAUGCUGA